CGCACCCUAUUAACGUAAAAUAUCAGGUAAAUCAGGCCAGAUAAAUGUUCGUUGACCAGUGGGCCCCAGUCCGUCUGACGUGGCUUCCAUCGCACUUUUAACAACGUUACGUAAAUCUCAGGCCGAUCACAUGAGACCAAAUCUUCUCUCACUGAAUUGAUUUCGUAAUUCGAUUUCGUACUACGGCUAUUUCCCACAUACUGUUCCGAUUCUUGAGGGGUGGUGGAGGAGGCGGAGGUGGAUGGUAUAUGGCGGAGUCACGGGCAGAGCUGCUGAACCAGUGGAAAGAGAACAAACUGUUCAAAGUGGUUUUUGCGGUGACUGGAAUCAUGUCCACCCUCGUUAUCUAUGGAGUCUUACAGGAAAAGAUUAUGAGAGUUCCAUAUGGACUGCAUAAAGAGUACUUUAAAUACUCACUGUUUCUUGUCUUCUGUAACCGCAUUACAACAUCUGCUGUAUCUGCAGGAGUUUUACUGGCGAGUGGGAAGGCCCUUGAUGCUGUUGCUCCACUUUACAAGUAUGGUGUGGUAUCAGUGUCUAAUAUACUUACCACAACAUGUCAGUAUGAGGCCCUUAAAUAUGUCAGUUUCCCAGUGCAGACACUGGCAAAGUGUGCCAAAAUGAUACCUGUAAUGAUUUGGGGUACUGUUAUCAUGCAAAAGAAGUACAAAGGGCGUGAUUACCUACUUGCCUUUUUAGUGACUCUUGGGUGUUCAUUAUUCAUUUUAUACCCGGCUGCAGGUGAUAUUAGUCCUUAUAGCAGAGGAAGGGAAAGCACAGUUUGGGGUGUUUCCUUGAUGCUUGGUUAUCUUGGGUUUGAUGGAUUCACAAGUACGUUCCAGGAUAAACUUUUCAAAGGUUAUGAUAUGGAGAUACAAAAUCAGAUAUUUUACACAGCAUCAUGUUCAUGUAUACUCAGUUUUGCUGGUCUAAUCUUACAAGGCAAUCUUCUCAUGGCAAUAGAUUUUGUUUCUCGGCACAACGAUUGUUUCUUUGACAUUGCAAUCCUCUCAACUGUUGCAACAAUAAGCCAAUUCUUUAUUUCUUACACAAUCCGAAAUUUCGGUGCUCUAACCUUCGCCACCAUAAUGACCACGAGACAGUUGUUGAGCAUUCUGCUAUCGUGUGUAUGGUUUGGCCACCCACUUAGCGUGGAACAAUGCAUUGGAUCUGUUAUCGUCUUUGUGUCCCUUUAUGCAAAAAGCUUCUUAACUAGAAAGCAAAGGCAAUUAUCCUCCGAGCACAGCGAAAAUAGAGCUUUGAGUCCAUUGAGGGCGAAUGCGUAGUACAGUAAUAGUGCCAGUGGAGACUUGUGGUCACUAAUUCUCUAACCAUUUGUUGGAAGAUGGAUCUAUAUGGAGACAGACAAUUACUCUGAUAGUAGAGUGAAUUAGCAUACGUACACCCGAGUUUUUGGCCUAUUUAUUUUAAAGUAAAGUAUUUACUAGUUCUAGUUCUCGAGGUAAAUAGGUUGGUUUAGCAUAAACCAUUUGAGGGUUCCAAUUCUUAUUCACAGAAGGUGGAUCAUGUUUUACUGAAACCACAAGAAUAUCUUCCAUGUUCAUUUAAUUUUUCCUUUAUGCAAUAGAGAAGCUUAUUUUUAUGCACCA